AAUCUUAUGGUUACUCACUGAACCAGACACAAAAACAGUGAAUGAACAUUUCUCUCACUAAACUUUCUCAUCCAUCUUUGAUCGAAUUUGUAAUAAUUGGUGCAGUUGGAGUGAUAGGAAGCACAAUAAUAAUGGGAAAAAUACAGAUAUGAUACCAAAAAAAAAGUAAUAAUGAUAACUGAAAAUUAUCAAUGAAAGUGCAGUGACUAAAAUGGUAAACAGUUAUAGAAGCAAAAUUAAUUAUUCCAUUAGAGUUCAUUCAUUUCAACGAAUGAGUUAUUCAAAUAAUCGAAAAGAUCCCUAAAAAUACGACAUAUCAUUAAAAUAUAUAUUUUUUAGUAUUUUCACUCUUACUUAAGAUCUUUCAGCUUUAAAUCUUAGCGAAGAAAAGACGCUCUAAAAGUGUAAUUGGUCCAACAAACAAAUGAAUAUCGAUACUGGACAUCCAUCAUGGGCAAUAGAAACUCGACCUUAUAUCCUUCGAUCAACAAAAUCUAAAUAAAUAGACGCUUGGGGAUGAAGUCCCGAAGAUCCAGACGUCGGGCAGCGCCGCGAGAAGAACCGUCGGCUCAGUUCGGCGGCGGCGCUCAGCUGUUCAAACCAAAACAAACAAAAACAAAAAACAUAACAACCUCUUCUUGUCACUUGGCAAGUGUCAGGUGUCACUCGCCAUGGACCCCGAGCUGAUCUCUCUGACUCUCGCCACGUUAACUUGCGCCCGGGCAUACUUGUAUUUACUGAAACAAAAGAAGAAAAGGAAGAAGCUUAGGGUAACGCCAUGUCCGCAAAGGAAAUAUAAAAUCGAGUCUGAAAUACACCCCGAUGAUGAUCCUGUGAAAAAGAAAAAGAGGAGACUCUGGGUCAAGCCUUGGCUACAGAGAAAAAAUAGGAGUGUCUUCGUUCAAUUAAUUCAGGAAAUGCGACUCGACGAUGAUCCCGUGUUCUACGAUUUCCAUGGGAUGAAUAAGGAGAAUUUCGACAAACUGUUAUCUUUGGUGUCUCCUUUCAUUCAGAAAGAAAACACCAAAUUAAGAGACUCUAUUCCUUCCGCACAACGCCUGUCUGUAACGUUGCGAUACUUGGCUACAGGAGAAGCUCGUCGCUCAUUAGCAUUACAGUACAGGAUAAGCCACUGUUCGAUAACUCGCAUUAUUCCUGAAGUCUGUAAUGCAGUACAUUUGGUUUUAAAGGAUGAUUAUCUUAAGUUACCAAACACCUCAGAUGAAUGGCAACUAGUGGCAGGUGAUUUCAGCAGUAACUGGAACUUUCCAAUGUGCAUAGGAGCCAUAGAUGGAAAACGCUUUCUUGUACAAUCACAAAACACAGGGCCAGAAUAUUGUGAAUAUAAAGGUUAUCAUGGCAUAAUAAUGGUAGCACUAGUUGAUGCUAACUACAAGUUCUUGUAUGUAGCUGCAGAAGCACAAGGGCAAGCAAAUGCUGCAGGUUUCUGGGACCAUUGCAAGUUGAAAGAAUAUUUGGACAAAAAUAUGCUUCAUUUUCCACCAGCUGCUGCAUUACCAUCUGUAAAGGAGGAGGUUCCUUAUGUGAUUCUAGGUGAUGAUGCUUUUCCCUUGGAGGAUUACUUAAUGAAACCUUACCCUGGCCAAAACUUAUCAGUGGAUAAGAAAAUAUUUAACUACAGAUUAUCUUGUGCUCGAAGAGUAUCAGAAAAUGCCUUUCGAAUUCUUUCUGGCAAAUUCCGAGUAUUUCAGCGGCCUAUUCAGGCAACUCCAGCAAAUGCACAGAGCACAAUAUUUGCAGCAGUGGUGCUCCAUAAUUUUUUAAGAAUACAUUCCAGAGUGCCUUUGCAACAAGAAUUGCUGGAAAGGGAAAACAUUGACAGUGGUGUCUCACUUCCUCAUAAAAAGGUUCCAGGUAUUGAAAAGCUUGAAGACAUCUCAAGAAAACUUUCCAGUAAUGCAGAGACAGUACGGGAUAGUUUCAAAACCUAUUUUAAUGGAGAAGGUAAAAUUUCAUGGCAGGAUGAUGUCGCUCUGUUGGAAUGAAAUAAUAUAUACCUUAAUUAUUUAAUAUUACAUGUGUAUGUAUAAUUUAGUGCUUGCAAAUAUAUAUAUAUUUAUCUAUAUAUACUAUAAAGUCUAUAUGAAGGAAAUGUUUUUUGGUUAUGCUGUACUUUAUAUUUUUUUAUGGAAUCCUUUAUUAUGUAGCAUUUUCAUGGUCAAUAAACUUGUGCUUAAAAAUGCUUGUGUUCUAUUUCCCCCAUGCAGUAUGUAACAGAACAGUUAAAAUGAAGGCUGGAACUGAAAGCUCUUGAUUUAUAUGGUAAAAGUACCAUACAUAUGAAAUACCUUUCAUAUUCGUAAUACCACUCCUACUCUUUUACUAUGAGGAAUUGUAACCCUACAUACAUAACUAAAGUAAAUCAGGCUAUAGAUCUUCUAGAAUGAUUAAGAAAUGAGGAAACAUUUCAGUCUACUAAUUGAAUGUCUGGUAGCUGAGCAAUUAUGGGUCACAUAUGUACAUUAAAAUUCACACACAAAAAAAACUGUAGUGGGCAGUACAUGUACUGUAUGCAUCAUAAAUAUAGCAAUGUUAAUAAUAACCACCAUGAAUGGUAAAACACACUUCCAUGUUGAUACUAUGGUUUUUCUACCAAUAACUACCAUAUUAAUUAAUAAGCAUUAGAAAAUAUUUUCUCCAAACACUGCUGAGUUAUUUGCAUAAAAAAAAAACACAAAAAUAGAACAUGAAUAGAAACUACUGGCUACUGCUCAUAAAUUGGCUAGAUAUAGAGGACACAAAAAAGUAUCUGACUGCAGACUAUUGUACAGUAGUUAAUUGUUGGCUAUGGUCUAACAUUUAGUAACUGUGUCCGUGUAAAUCCACAUUCAAGCUUUGAAAAAAAAUGUGCGUUGUAAACCCAAAAAUUAGUAACCAGCUACAGCUGAAAAUCCUAGUCACAGGAAAAUUCACUAAAGAUAAAUCUGCAAUAUGGAUGCUUGAAAGUUGCAUUUAGUGUAGUUUGCUAUUUAAAUGAAUAUUAGUGAAAUGUUUUAUAUGAAAAGUGACUUUUUUUUUUUUCUUUUCUUUUUUGUGAAAGAUUUUAUUGUCCCUAAAUUUUAUUUCAUUGACUAGAAACCAAAUAUUUUGUACUUUGUAUAUGAUCCUAUUGCUAAAGAUGGUUUCAUUAGCCUUGUCUAACUUUGGGACUAGAAUCAAAUCAGGUACUUAGCCAAGUCUAUCUGCACUAUCUGGGGAACAAGAUACUGGGGAUGAGCAGUUAUAGGUGGCUCAGAAACCUGCACUUUCGAGAGAAUGAAUGGACUUCUGAUAGGUCCUGAGACGAUGAAUACAUCAUUGCUUCUUGCACAUAAAUAAAAGGAGGAGCUUGGGUGAUUGGAUUUAAUCAAUCAACAUCAAAUCAUAUCAAAAUAUUCUUUAUUGUACUGAAUGACCUACCUUAAAAAAUGAAGCUCCUGCAACUUAGGAGUAAUAAAAGACAACCAUUUCUUUUCAUCUGUUUAUGUGCAACGUUGGAUCAUGUACACAGAAGCUCUUCCAUGCUUAAUUCAUACAUAUAAACAAUGGCUUUCUACACAUCCAUCUUGUGUCCUGAAAAUUUCAUUUAUACACAAGACUUCAUACAUCAAAGCCCGUAUAAAUAUAUAUAAAUUGCAGAAUAUGCUUCUCGAACAUGAAAAAUACACCCAUACAAUUAUUCAUGACGUAAAAAAAAUGCAAAUUAUUAUUAUGAUAAUAAAGUUUGUGACACAGUGUAAUUAAGCUGAACAUUUAAAUUAAUGAGAUCUGCCAUGUGUUAAUAUUUUAAUAGUUAUUGUUAGUUCCUGAGUGUUACUGUAUGACAAAGAUUCUAGCAAUCAUUCUACAUCCUCAAAUGGCACUAUCUAUUCAUUCUUAUGCAUUAUCAUGAAAACAAGAUAUCUCACUUAAGUAGUUUUCCAAAUUGUUCAUUAGAAGACAUCAAUAACUAUAUAUGGAGGCUAAUCUAUGGCAGACGUGAUACUAUUAAAAAAUCUAUUAGGCUGCAAAAGUAAAGGGGCAUAUAACAAUUUUUUUUACAUAUCAAAAAGUAUCUCCAGCUUUGAUUAAUGACCUAAUGAUAAACUAUCCUUAUAAGUAGCAUCAUGCUAUAAAAAUAAAAUUUGUAUAUAUAUUUUUCAUUAUCUUUAAAAAGGCACAGAAAACAUUUGCAACUUGUUUUGCUAAUCUUUGUCCCCUAUAAAUUUGGAAUGAAUAUGAGCACUUCUAAAAUACUAAUGUUGAUUAAAAAAAAAAAAGAAAAAAAAUUAAAUUUUAAGGGAGAGGCAAAUUAUUUUAAAUCAUAAACUAAUAAUUUUUAUAGUCUUUGUUGGCAUAAAGAUAUCAAACAUUUAGUAUCUCCUAUUUCAAUAUGGAAUUCAGCAAAGUGGUAAACAUUCUGACAUGCAAUACAAAAGAUUGAAAACCAGUUGCAACAGUCAUACACAUUGCAGAGAGUACAUGGCAGUCCCACA